AUGAAGGUAAAUAGACCGAGAAUCGCCUGUGAAUCUGAGAGUGCAGAGAGCAGCAGUGAAGCUUGGUUCGCCGGAAAACGCAGAGGUCACAAAUGGGAAGUUUAUCUUCAGAUCUGCAUACACAGUGGAACACCGACAAGCCCGAUCUUGAUUAUACAUGUGACUAAAUUUAGACAGAACUUGCAGACUCGUUUCAAUGAAGAAGAUGCAUGUUUGGAACUCACCGGUGAGAAGAAGACGUUGUCAAGAAGCUUCAUAUUUACAUCAAUAGUGUCGAUUUCAACCCAAGAUCUCGGAAAGCUUCAGUACCUCCCAAGGCGCGUGACUUAUUAUAUUUUCUUUACUAUUGAAAUCAAUAUACACUACUUGGGUCACGACGCAAGAGAGCAAACCGAGAGGCGAGGGAGACCCGCCCACUCUCCCCUCUCACUUGCACACACUAAACCCUCUCUUUUCUCUCUACGUUCCCUCCUUUUCUCCUCAAUUCCCCCUCAUUUUCUAGGGUCUAUCUUCUACUUCUGUUGUAUAGCAACAAAGAUCAGUUCGACAUGUCCGAUCUCGGCGCCCUCCCUCCUCACCGACACCGACGCUCUCAGUGCGGAGGAUCGUGAUGGUCUAGUUAAUGCCCUAAAACUGGUUGUUGUUAACAUACCCAUACACAGAUCAACGGGAUCAAUGAUGAUGAAGAAGGGACCAACAUACCCAUACACAGAUCAACGGUUGUCAUUGAUUGAUUGCUAUCUCUGAGUUUUGGAAGGAUGAUGAUCAAACAAAUCAAGGGUUGGCAAACCUGCAAUGUGAUGGUAUUAUCAAAUCAAAACCAUUUAUUUAAGAAAUAGGAGAGGAACCCAACACCAGUCUUCACCUUUCCUUUCAGUUUUUUUGCUACCUAUGAAGGAAGACUUGUUUCUCUCUUCCACUCCUUUUCUCAAUCAUAGAUUGGAUGAGAGUCAAGACAACCAGCAAAUUGAUUUGUAUUUUCCACUACCAUGUCAAUUAUUUUUAUUAUUAUAUUAUAAUUCUAUCAUCGACUUAUUAUGGUUUUAA